CUCAAUAGUUUCAGGAGGAUGGUGGCAGUCAACAUUGCUCUUUCUAAGUAUUGGUAGAAAAUGCCUUUUUGUGCGAGCCAGAUUGAGCCAAAUUGUCUAGCCCGAAAAAGUGAUACAGAAAAUGUAGAAGAUCCGCAUUUUGAGGAUUUUAAUCAAGUAACUGCGUUUACUAUCGUGCAAGCUAUUAGACAACUUUCAUCUUUGACAAAAGAAGCUUCCGAAGUUUUUGAUAACACUUUGAAGAGUAUUCAUGAUUUCGUUCAAAGAACAUCAUUACUAGAGCCGCGAUUGCGUGACAUCGAGCAGGAAGUAUCAAAACUCAACAGGAAGCGUAGCAAAGUGGGUCGAUCAUCAUUGUCAAAACAGAAUGUAGCCAACUCAGACUGGAAGUUCCAGGUCGGGUUGACCGAAAAUUUGUUUAUAUCCGAUUUGAGACCUGUUUGCGUAGAAAGGUACCGCGCGCGUCAUACUGAAUCAGCAUUUGUCCAAUUAGCACGCUACAAAAAUUACAUCAAAAGUCAAAUUGGCAAUGGAAGUGCCAAUGGAUCUUUCGAAAGUUUGAGUUCUCAGCUUUCCCAAGGCUCUCUUUCCAGUGGAUCGGGACCAAAGUUCAUCAAAAAUACAAAAUCUAAAAGGGCGGCAUCAUUAAACCGAUUUUCUUUCCGACGGAAAAAUCAGAGACAAGAAUCUUUUCAAGCUUCGCAGACCGAAAAAUCGUCGCCUGUUUCUAUUUCAAAGUUUAAGCACUUUCCCCGACCUAACUCGUGCGAUGUUCUUAACUCGGAAGAUACACAAAGCACCGCCAGUGAUCCUAAUGAAGACCGCUUCGGCUCAAUCCAUUCCAGAAGCGCAUCUGAGAGUCAUUUGCAAAUGGAAUCAUCUCAUCAACUGGUGGAAUACGAAUUGCGUGCUCAGCAGUUUCUCCACCCUGCCUCUUCUGAUCACGCCCUCGCUAACUUCCGACCAACUUCCCUUGUUGCUCUUCCGAACAACCCACCUCAUAACCAGUCGUCUUCCAGCUCAGACUUGACCUCCCACGAGCACUCGAGGUCAUUCGACCCCAAUGUGGGCCCACCCGCGUUCGUGGGCAGGAGGGGGCUGUAUGGCGGAGCCGAGAGGACGAAUACAGCUGGUGUGUAUGAUAGACCACUGUCUCUAUUUGAAGGGCAGAACUUGGCGGACAACGUGAACAGGCUGCAAAGUGGCGCUCCUCUUCAACAUUCUGACUUCGAUCAAAGCAGUGACCUCGUGGAAAAUGUACUGGACAAUUUGCCUGUUUUGAGCGAAGAAGCUGAAGAUGAAGAUUGUGCUGCUUUAAUCACCUGCUGUGAUGACGUAACAUCUGCUAAUGUCAUAAGCUGUCACGUAAUGAUACCCAAUGAGUCAUCCGCAGUCAUUGGCGAUAUAAAUCAUAAAGAGGUUUUGGUUGGCUCAGACAGUGAGGAUUUAUUGGCCGAUCAGAAGCCAGAAGAACUUUAUAGUGCCGAACUGAGCUCAACUGGAUCUAAAGGUGCUAUUCGCAAAAGUUUGGACUUGUUGCCUUCUCGAUGGGAUCCGAAAAGACGACUAUCUUCCAAAGACGAGACGAAACCUUUUUCUCAAGAAGCGAGGAAAAACAGUUCCAGUGACUUGACUGCGGACAGUGGGACGGUGCAAAGAACUCAGAGCUUUAUUACACGUAGUGCAAAAUGGGCGACUAAAAAACUGAUGUCCACUGGUAGUUUCACCAAGAAUGCUGCAGAAGCUGCGUCAGACACUAUUGCUAGCAGUGACUCCAAGGAAACAACGACGAAGCUUACCAAUGGAAAUGCGGCUGCUAUGAAUGGAUCUGUGAUACCGAUAUUGUUGUCACUCGAUCUAGAAACCCCAAAGAAAGUGCAGCCAGACCUGAUAGCGGCUCAAUUGGCCCAAAAGCUAGACGGUGGCGGAGAUACAGAAGGAAUGAAAGACCCAAUAGAUCAGCAGAGCAGGAGAGGGAGGAGAGCUAGCUUCCAGUGCUUCGACGACUCCCGAUUCAUGUCUCUGCCCCGAGUGAACCACUUCAGUCUGUAUGACUAUGGAUACGCGAACCUGGAUCCACACUCACUCAAACAAGCCCUGGUCUCAAAUGACGGCGCACUGAAAGUGGAAGAUAACCAAAGAGGCAACCAAGCAAAAGCUAAUGGCUGGCCUGAUGCUUUCUACAUGAACACGGGUGAUAAUUCGACAACAAACGGAGACAUAGCCAAGGGGAAGGAAAUUGGAGCGGGAGUGGGCGAACGGAGCUCAAUUUUCAACAGUGACGUCACCACGGCUGAGGAUGAGUCAUCCUCCAUUCAGAGCCAGGCAUCCAUCACGGCAACCAUCACAUCCGAUACCACCACCCCAAAGGGCGCAGAAAACGUGAAUUUAGCACUGUCAAAAGAUGAAAAUGACGGUACCAAACAAGAGGACACAAUCAGCAACAACUCAACGCUCAUUGACGACGAUGAGUUUCAAAAUGAAAUUUUGCCGCUUGAUGACCCAACCACUGUUGUGGGGCCUGGGCAGCUGAACUCGAAUGCUCAUACAUCCUCCUCUAUCUUGCCUCCAGCUAGCUGUUGUUCCGCGGAGCAGAGCCAAAAUUACAAUGUCCAAACUAGCUUGCAGAAUGUGGAUGUUUUGCCGACAUCGAGUAUUGAGGGGGCUUCUUCUUCGGACCCUAUAAUGUCAAUGCGGCAGCACCCCCGUCUUCUGAUGAGUCAGAUUAGCGACCCGUCUGGUUACAGCGGUAUGAGGCCAGUUAAUUAUCCCGACUUACCAUUUGGUUUGGCAGCCCAAGGAGCUCAAAUUCAGACAUCAUUUCCAAAACAGGACCAUUUUGUGAGGACGGCUCAUACUUCCCAAAUGCAGUAUCCUCAUCUUCAUUCAAAUAGAAUGUUUGUAAACCCCAGUGCUUCUUCGCUUCAGAAACCGAAGAAAAACAAACAGAACGCACUGGAAUCAUCGCCGCAGUUUCCAGUGUCCAGCUUUCUAAGUCCACCCGCAAAGACGAAAAAGUCUAAAAAGCUAACAUGGACUGACAUACUGUGGAAACCACGAGGAGGCUCAUCUAAUUCGGAAAAAGAUCCAAAUGGGACACUCACUAGCGGAAGCGUAUCUCAAGGCAAAGCUAAGUUUGCUAAUUUGAACCCGUCUGCAGAUAAAGUGACAUCACGAACUCGUUCUGCCUCAGAGCGGCUGUCGUUUUUCCGAAAGAAGCCCAAAAGUGAGAAGCAGUCUGAUGCGCAGCUUUUUCCGAAUGGUGUUGAGGAUGCUACUUGCGCUAGCUCACAGUGUAACGAACCUUUAAGGUCGGCAAAUAAUUUGGAGUACAUAGCGCCUGUAGCAAGUAGUGGUCUGGAGCGGGUUAUUAAUCUACCUGGUAGUACUCCUGAUGGAAGAUCUCAGCCCAGUUACAUGAAUGUUGAUAGUAGAUACCAGACGCCUGUUGCAAACAUCCCCAAAAAUAACCAAAGCUUCGAUUCCAUAGAAAGUAAUUAUAAUACAGAAAGCAUAUCAAGUUCCAUCUACGCUCCCAAUUCGGUCAGUUCUAACAACUCUACCGAUUCGGAGACCAGAACUAAUAAUACUCAGCUUAGUAAUUAUUUCAAUGCCGAAGCUAGAAUCCCAGGAACCGAAUACUACAAUGGAAUUCCGCUAGCCAUGCGACCUACGGUUCCACUAGACGAAAUAGCUGCUGCAGAAGAAAAGAAGCGAUUAUCGGAGAAAGAUGGGAAAGUGAAUAAUGGGAGUGAACCAACACGUGAUCAAACUGAAAAUCGGACUAAUUUAAUCACAAAUUUGAGUGCAGAGGAGUUUGUUGAGCGCCAUUUAACUGAUGAAACAGAACUAGUUUCAGAUUCUAGAAACAUUGAAGACUGGUCUAGUAAUGAUAAAACACCGGAAAAUGCAACGAUAGAAACCAGUCAAAUUACCAAAACUGGAGAUAAAGAUUCCAGUAGUGGCUCGGCUAAUACGUCGCUAACAUCAGCCAGUAACUCUAGUCUUAGCUCUAGCUCAGGUCUCCCAAAGAAACGUAAUAAGAUUCACUUCAAUGAAAUCGUUAGCGCUCAUUCGGUGGAGAGUUUGUACGAUGAUUGCUUAACAUACGCGAGCAAUGCUAAACAAAUGGAGAAAGAGAAGGAGCGUGAAGCGAAAGUAAGAACUGUUAUUUCAAACUCGCUGGCUAAGAAACCGAUUCGAAGCAUCUUGCGUCGAAGUGCUACGUCUCGCAACCCGGACGUCUACGGGAAGCAUGGUGUCACGUUACGCCAAAGUAAUAGCUUCGACCAUGGAUACGGUGCACGCACGUCGUAUGGCAGUGAUUGCUCUAAUGGGUCUAAUAACUCAAAUCCAAGUAUUCCGUUCAUUGACGAGGAAAAGGGGUCCCAAUUGAGUAUUUACGAAGACGCAGAAUUGCAUGGAGGUAACAUUGAUCCCAGAUGGCUCGCAAUGCAGAGUUCUCUCGGUCAAGCCACUCGCGCGGAACUAGAUGAUGAAGACCUGGACCUUAUUGAUGACGAUGAGGAUGAUGAUGAUGAUGAUGAUUUUGACGAUGACAGUGGCUCGGAAACGGAGGAAGAGGACAAUGAUUCAGUGGUGUACCAUUCGACACCAUCGCCUAAUAGAAUAGUCACUUGCUGAAAUGUGAUUGCCUGUUGUAUAUCGAGAUUUCUGAUUGACUGAUAGCAAUAGAUCGGAAGAGUCAAGUUCAUGUCCGUUAAGACUCGUAAACUCCAUUAAAACGCCUCAGGUGAAAAAGAAGAACUUAUUAUAAAAUUUCAAUUGAAACUCCCUUAGAAUAGCUAGCUGUAAAUUUCAAAACUUUCGCCAUGAAAUGGAAAUGAAUGCAAAUUAUUUGAUUUUUACCAACAUCGAGAUAACCAUUUCAAAUAUUAUAAUCAUCUUAAAAGAUUGACGAAUACGUCCUAUUUUUCUAAUUGGAACACCUUUCAGCGCAGAGUAGUUUUGUAUUUUUCUUAAAUGAACAAUAAUCAAUUGGGAAUUCAAUCCAUUAAUUCAAUGUCACUUGUUUCUAUAAAGUGCGACUCUAUCACCGUGCCUUAAAAUCAACCAUCUUGGAGCAAAAAUAACUAUUUACAUACAUUUUUAAUUGCUUUUCACCAUUUUGUUCCGAUCCAUUCACGAAGUGAGAGGAGGAGGGAAUUAUGGAGUAGGUUAUUUUUUUUUCGCCCAAAGACAUCUCGUAGUAUCAUGUGUGGUAUCAUUUUAAAGCCCUAUUAGUCAUGAUUCGGAUUCUAGAAAAAUGGAGGUCUCAAUUAUAUCCACUGCAAUUUAUCUAAUGCUGGAAACAACAGAACUUUAAAAAAAUCGGUUUAUUUAAGACUACUUCAAUCAUUGUGGGCGGAACAUUUUGAGCUAAUUACUCUGCAACAGGCUAUUCUUGUUUGAUGAUUAGUUUUGGUUCAUUAAUAACUGAUGGUGUUGUGUUGUGUUGUGUUGAUCAAAUCAAUCUUUAUUCCAUUAUUCAUUGCUUUUGAUGAAACUAGCUGGCAUAUCAUGGACUAACCUGAAGUCCAUGACGGUCAUGGUCUUCCUAUCACCUGUCGUCUUCUUCAAAUCUUUCCUUCUUUUUUCACCAUACAAGUCACUAUAUUUUUAAUGGAUUCGAUUCAACUGUAAAUUAUCGCUAUUAUUUCUGUAGUUUAUUAAUCCAAUUAUUUAGAAACAGUC